AUGGAAGGAGGACCACCAAUCCGCACUAGCACCGAAGGAACCCAACAACUCCACUAUCAAGAUAACACCAAGAACAAAGAACAUAGGAACUCAAAGAGAUGUCUUGGGAGGAUCCAUGGAUCUGAAGAGGAUGACACAGUAGAGCGAAAGAGGUUGCGUGAAUUCGAGUUGAGCAAGGAGCGAUCCAAGAUCCGAGUUUUGGGACAAGGAAAGGAAGAGAAGAUAGGGAAAAAAGGGGAAAACAACACUGGCUAUGGAAAAGGGUGGAUAAGAACCACUAGAAAUGAGCAUAAAGCCCAAGCAAAAUCACCACCAGAGGGUGAGGAGACUCUCAAACAAAGAGGGUGCAAACCAAAACGCACGAGAGAGAGGGUAGCGAGAAAAGUUGGGAAAGUCGACCCUCAUAUGGAUUUCUAG